AUGGCCGAACGAGCCCUAGUUGGCAUCAUGCAAAGAGAACAUUUCUCUGCAGAAAUCGAGCUACUCAAAAAAGGAAAGGUUGGCAGGCAUAGUCUCCAAAUUCUCAACCCCUUUUUGGAUGAACAUGGUCUCAUCCGCGUCGGUGGCCGGCUAACAAAUGCCCCCAUCGCCUUUGACCGCAAGCAUCCGUGGGUUCUUCCGAAAAAUCACCACUUCAUCCCUGUACUUGUCAGGCAUUAUCAUUUUAUCAACUUACACGCCGGCCCGCAACUGCUACAGUCGCUAUUAAGCCAGCGUUUCUGGAUUAUCUCGGCACGCCAAGCGAUUCGAAACGUAACACGGCACUGUAUACCAUGUUUCAAAACCGCCCCAAAGAAUAAAAUCCCUCUGAUGGGUGACUUACCCUCAUCGCGUAUUAGUGAAAGCCCACCCUUCUACAACACGGCCUGCGAUUUUGCCGGCCCGUUUUCAGUGAAAGUACACACCUUAAGAUUUGCCCGCACCGUGAAAUCUUAUCUAUGUAUAUUUGUCUGCAUGGUCACAAAGGCCACACACAUAGAGGUCACUACCGACAUGACCUCUGACUCCUUUUUAGCCGCGCUCGUCAAUUUUGCUUGUCGGCGCGGCAACCCGGCCCAUCUAUAUUCGGAUCAAGGAACAAACAUGAUGGGCGGAGACCACGAAUUAAAACGCAUCGUCAAAAAACUACUCAGUGACCUCAAGGAUAGUCCUGAACUAGCAAAAGUCAUUCAAGAAAGACAAAUACAAUUUCACCCUUCGCCUCCCGCCGCGCCACAUUUUAACGGCUUAGCGGAGGCCGCCGUAAAAAGCGCCAAAAAACAUUUAAAAACAGUCAUACAGGAUCAUCUGUUAACCCUUGAAGAAUUCAUAUCCGUGGUAAACAGAGUGGAGGCAGUCCUGAAUUCAAGACCCCUGGUACCAAUCUCCAGUGACCCCAAUGAAUUGACAGCCCUCACUCCAGCUCAUUUUUUAAUAGGGCGUGCUGUAGUAACCCCCGCGGAACCUGACUACAGUCAAUUGCCGCCCAACCGAUUUCCCGCCAAGCGGUGGAAACGGGUGCAAGCUAUAUCGCAAUCGUUUUGGAAAAAAUGGGAAAUAGAAUAUCUGAACACUCUGCAAAACCGCCGUAAAUGGCAAGUCAAAGCACCCUGCCUCAAAAUUGAUGACUUAGUACUGAUUCAUGAGCACUCUACCAUCCCAAUGCACUGGAGAUUGGGUAGAGUAAUUCAAAUUUUCCCGGGUCGGGACGGACAGGUUCGCGCCGCGCUCGUCCGAACAGCCAAUGGGGAGCUUUCCCGCCCGGCGGUAAAACUAUACCCGCUGCCUAUAAAUACGGAGUGA